UCCCAAUAACCCGUCACCUAAUGCAGCCUAUUCCAUUUCAAAGACGUUCAAAGAGUCACAUCCGUAGCGAAUACACCGACCUAACGCGAAAAGCUAACAAACGGAGGAGUGUAUGUUUGUUUUUGGACUAUUCUAAAGCUUGGACCCGAGGCGAAGUUUGAAGGCUGCAGGAGGAAUUCCUGGUGUCAUCGUGUUGUUGUCCAAUCAGAGACCUGCAUGUGUGAAGCCGCGGCCAGCAAUGGAACCCUGGCCUGCAGUGGCCUGGGUCCUACUGCUGAUGGUCCUCGCUGAUUGGCUGAAAAUGGCCCAAUCAAAGGACUUCACAGAACAGGAUAUCAUCUACCUCCAUCCCUCAACUACUCCAUUCCCAGGCGGGUUCAAGUGCUUCACCUGUGAAGAAGCACCUGACAACUAUGAGUGUAAUCGCUGGGCGCCAGACCUGUACUGCCCACAAGAGGCUAGAUACUGUUACACGCGGCACAAGAUGGACAUGGAGGGGGACAGUGUCUCUGUGACAAAGCGUUGUGUGGCUUUGGGAGACUGCCUCUCUACUGGAUGCUCUGAAGAAGACAAUGAAGGAACCAGGGUUUGCACAGCAUGCUGUGAGGGGAAUAUCUGUAACCUUCCUCUCCCCUGGAACAUGACUGAGGCUGUGUUCGCCACCACCUCACCCCUCAGCGGCACCACAGGGCUCUCACAGUGCUACACACUAACAUCCAGCCUGCUCUACUUCACCCUGCUCAUCUCCACCUAUGUCUGACCAGUGGAAAGAAACACACAUAUAUAGAGCAUUUUAUUUAACAGUUGAAGGUCUGAUACGACUAGAUGGACUCAAUAUACACCCGAUGGAGAUAGGACUCACUGCAGGUUUUGGACAAUUUAUUUCCCUUUUAAUUCAAUAGGAAACCAGUUUUGAUGACCUUUCAUCGUUAUGCAGGGCCUCAAUAAAACAAGCACUUAGAGCUCGACACUGCUUCUGAAAUAGGCAAUAUGGCUGUCAAUCGUGAAGGAUCAAACAUACUAAAUAUCACAGUAUUCUCCCCCUACUAGUCUUCUGCACAGGGACAGAAGGAGGGGAACCGUGGCGUGUCUGGACUCGUCAGUAGGCUAUAGGUCAUUGUAAAAGCUGCCAUAUUUUCCAGUGAGGAGGAAGAAUAACAGACAGACAGACAGCAGCUUCUGUGAGGAUUAGUUUAGCUUGAACCUUUUUUGUGUUUUUAUGUUUUCACAUUUGUGAGUCGCUUCCCCAUGUUGUAUGUUUGACACAUUAUGUACAUAUACAUAGUAUUUAUUUUUUUGAGGAACAUGUUUGUUAGACAGUGAUUAUGUAUGUGUGAAAUGUUAGCAUUUAGGUAAAGUGGAACAGAUAACACUGCUCAUGUUUUUAUGUGUAGUAUGUGGAGAGUCUUUUUAACAACAGAAUGAGAGCCUGGUGCCCAUCAAACAAACGUAGAACGCUUUGCGUUUCUGUUGUGGAAAAACUAUUUCCUCAAACCUUAAAAAGGAUUAAAGUUAAUUACAGGUCUAUUUUGGCUUAACAUUUUCCGAUCAUGAAAAAUAAAUCGGACUUUCCACACAGUGGAAGCAACCCCCAUAGCUAAGCACAGCACUUGGGCUAGGCUUCGGGAGCUGUACUGUAAUUCUAGCACUGCAGUUUUAGUGAGAGGCAACAAUGCAUGACACCAUUAUUUACUGAUACUACAUUGCAUAUGCUCUUAACCAGAGCUCCUUACAGUAGUGAGUGCAUACAUUUUCAUACAUGUCCCCUGUGGGAAUUGAACCCACAACCUUGGCGUUGCAAACACCAUGCUGAACCAACUGAGCCACACAGGAUGCUCUACAGUCUUUCACUCACCCCUGUUUUAAUGUUUUCCGUUCUCGUGACACAUACCUCUGGUGUUUAUACGGUGUUUCGUGACAUGUUUGUCAUCCAUCACACUUUGUUGGCCGGCGUGGCUGCCUGGCUGGCCGAGAAAAAUGCAGAGUAAGCAAAUACAGUGUUAUUGUUCUCCAGGCUUUUAUGAUUUGUUUAGGCCGACCGCCCGAGACAUAGAGGAGACCGGUCAUUUCAAAUGGUAUUUGAACCAAGGUGUGCAAGCCUCCAUCUCUCUCCAUCUCCAUCUCAUCUCUCUCUCUCUCACUUACAGGCAAAUGCUAAGAGGAAAAGAGUGAAGCGUGAUUUACAGAUGGCAAACGUUUUUAUCUACUGUAGUCUGCUCUGUUCACAUUUGAUAAAUAAACAUUCCGUUUUUUUUUAUGGUGGGCCUUGUGUUGUCCACUAUCACAGCAAGAUUUUAUCCUGUAUUCUGAGCUUAUCCAGAAAUGAGAAUUGCACCUGAUUUGCAUUUGUCUGAGGAUGGUUCUGGACCAUCUGAAACAAACAGAAAAAGGGGGCAGCUUUAAAUAAAGGUUCAAAUCCAGGUCAUGUGACGAUUGCUCAAAACACAGGGUCCUAUUUAUGGGGUAAACAAAGGAAUUCUUUGUGAUUUUGGCAAUGAGGCCCUUUAUCUAUUUUCCUAGAGUCAGAUGAACUCAUGGACACCAUUUUAUGUCUCUGUGUCAAGUACGAAGGACGUUGGAGGUAGUUUCGCUGUUAGCAUGCUAGCAGAUACCCAUAGACUUCCAGUCAUUGUGCUAACGCUACUUCACAUUGGCUCGCGAAAUAACCUCUAACCUUCAUACUGGACACAGAGUCAUAAAAAUGGUAUUCAUGAGUUCGUCUGACUCUAGGAAAAUAGAUAAAGGGCCUCAUUGCCAAAAUCCCGAAGUAUCCCUUUAAGGGCUAGAACAUGUUGUUCCCCUUUAAAUCAAUCAGGCAAUACUAGAGUUUAUCUUUAAAAUAUUUCACAAGGUCUUUUGCAUUGUGACCUGAGAGCCAAUGUAACGGAUGUGAAACGCUAGCUUAGUUAGCGGUGGUGCGCGCUAAAUAGCGUUUCAAUUGGUGACGCCACUUGCUCUGAGACCUUGAAGUAGUAGUUCCCCUUGCUCUGCAAGGGCUGCGGCUUUUGUGGAGCGAUGGGUAACGAUGCUUCGUGGGUGACUGUUGAUGUGUGCAGAGGGUCCCUGGUUCGCGCGAGGGGACGGUCUAAAAUUACACUAAGUUACACCAACAUAUCUUGCCAGAUGUUGCCUUAAUCUGACUCUAGAGAAGCACCGUACAAGUGCGUUUGCAUGAGUUUAUCAACAUUGAUAACGUGGCUGUUGCAUGUUAUGUUGUGCCAAUUGAUAUCAUGUAAAUAUCAUCUCUGUUUUUUUACAUGCAAUGUUUUUGUAAAUAACUGUGUAUAUAUAGAUGUGAACGACUUUGUAACUUCAUAUUAAAGAUGAAGACAUGGCCACU